AAUAACAGGGGUCAUCAGCACUGAAUGGGAGGUGAUGGGGAGCAGGUGCCAAAGCCCAUCUCAGGCAGGUGAAGUUCCCAGAGACAAUAGGUGUCCAUAAAAUUGGGAGUAGUAGAUGCUUGGUGGAGAUUAUGGUUCCAUUUCAUUUAGUUUUCAUGAAUGAAUAAAUACAUAAAUCUCUCUGUUUCUGAGGUACAGAGGUGGGUGUGGAUCCUUAUAUAGGCAAAAUGGCACUGUCCACACAAAGAGAAUAUUGGCAUUAAUCCACUAUACAGGUAGCACAUACAAAAGCUGUUCAAUGUAUUUUUUUUACUGCAGUACAUCUUCUAGAAACACAAGUUGUACAAAUUAGAAUGUUGAGAGGCAAAAUAAUUUAGAACCAUCAUGCAGAGGAAGUGAGUUUUCCAUUCCAUUGCUUUGCAUGAAUUUAUUCAGAUUUUUUGCAACUGGAAGGAAAGCCACUGCCAGAGUAAAAAAAAAAAAUUACUCUACCUUCUAGCAGGUAAAUUAUAGAGAUUUUACUGUCAUUUACUAAGAGAGGAAGCAUGGGUUUUCUAACUUCCUCAUAAGGCAAUUAGUAAUGAGGAAGAUCCUCUGUCUCACCCAUAGCAUUAACAGGGACCCAGACUUUUCCCUCUGUAUGCAAAUGGGUUUUCAAAAUGACAGUACAAUAAAACAACAAUUUAUAGGCCCUCUUAUUUGUCUUGUGCCUGGAACCAUUAGCAGUAAGAGAGCUCCAGAUGAUUCAGGGUAUAAAAGUGAAAAACAAUGAAUACAAACUAAGUCUAUACAUAGAUGGCAUUGUGGUGACCUUAACUGAUGCAGUCUGUGAAAUUAAUGGAGCUAGAGGUAGCUGAAAAUGGAAAAUUAGCUAGUUAAAAAUAAAGACAGUGAAACACAAACAAUUGGAAUUAAUCUGCAGAAGAGACAUCUGGUGUCCUCCAGAUCACUUGGACUACAACUCCCAUGCUCCCUGCAGCUGAUGAGAGCCAACAUUGCCCUGGUUGGAGCUGAUGGGAGUUGUAGUCCAAAACAUCUGGAGGGUACCAGGCUGGUGAAAGCAGGGCUAGCCUAUCAUUUAAACAACAGGCAAAGUACGGUACUUUGAGGCACACUUGAAUGGUAGAAAAGAAUAACUAUGUACAAAUAGAAGGAAUGUGUUUUGAUGUAAAAUCCCUAACAGGACAAUAGCUACAGUUGCAUCUGCCAUUUUCAGUAUGGUUUUCUUCUAUAAAUAUGGUUUUAUUAUCUCAGAUUAGCUUAUUGUUUCAAGUGCUGCCCACACAGCUGGAAGAUAACCACAUAAAGAAAUAGCAGGAGCUUUCUCUCCAAUUUUUAUAGGAAAGAAUGAGAAACAUAAACCAAAGGAAACAAUAGCACAAUAUGCAAAGAAAGGAAAAAGAAUGGAAAACUUUGAUCUUCAGUUGUGUUAUCAGAGCAGUUGUUUACAGACAGUCAUGGAUUGGAUCUUGAUGUGCAUAUUUAUUAGAUUGGGUUUUGCUUUAUUUGUUUAUUUGUUUCCACAUUAGUGCGUAAGGCACCCUACAAAGAUAGAAAGAUAUACAAGACAAAAUAAUAUGUAUUUUUUAAUUUAAAAAAGCAGAUAAAAUCAUUCCAAGUACAAUAAAAACAGAAUGGCAGAUGGUUAUGGCCAGUUAAAAUCCCCAUAAGGCUGAGUACUCAUAUCAUAGGCCAAAAGCCUCCUCUUGAAAAAGGUCUUUGCCUGACAGCAGAAGGUUAAUCAAUGAAGGGGCAAGACCAGCUUUCCUGGGAAGGGAAUUCCCGUGGGUGGGAUACUGAAAAGGACCUCUCUUAACCCUACCAGAUGGGCCUCAGAUGUCAAUGGGGCUUCCCAGAAGAUCUUAAAGCCAGGGUAGACUUAUGUGGAAAACAGUAGUUCUUCAGCUGCCCUGGUCUUAAACUGUGUGUCCUUACAAGUCAUAACCAGCACUUUGAAUUGUGACCAGAAUCUGACCAGCCACCAAGAACAUAAGAAGAGCCUUCUGGAUCAAGCCAGUGGCCCAUUUUGUCCAGCACCCUGUUCUCCAUGAGGUGGCCCAAGCCAUUUUACUGCCUAAGGCAAAUGACAUGGCCGUACAUUCCCCAUUCUGUGCACAAAAUCUCCCUAGAGUGGUAACUGAAUCUAACUUCAGCACUGGUCUCAACCCUUGAGGGACUCCACUUUCUAUCUCUCUCCAUCAGAGAACUGUCCAUUUAUUGCCACUCUCUGCUCUCUGCUAUUUAUCCAGUUCCUGAUCCACAUCUGGAUCUCUCCUCUUAUUCCAUAACUAUUGUACUAAGCUUACUCAAGAGUCUUUGGUGAGGUGCCUAGCUGAAAUCUUUUUGAAAGUCCAAGUACGCUAUGGCAACCAGACCACUUCUGUUUAACUCAUACAGAUGCAAGAGACAGGACUUGCCCUUGCAGAAGUCAUUCUGGCUCUGCUUCUUCUAUACGCUUGGCUACUUGAUCUUUAACAAUACCACCCAUUUAAGCAGAACAGACAUUAAGCUAACCAGCCUGUAAUUUACAAUUUAAAAAUUGGUGUGCCAUUAGCUACUUUUGACAUUGUCAAAAUUUAUGAGCUAUAUUUGCAUAAUAGAGAGAAGCCAAACUCUAGCUUUGUUCAGAACUGGUCAAUUAAAUACUAUAAAACCAAUCACACUCCUCAAUGAAUAGAAUAUAUGCUUUUGAAUUGUUCUUGUUUGAUUAUAGUGGAAUCUAAUUGCUGAGGGGCUAAUCUUGCAUCUUUUUCAGAUUUCUUAAGCUGCAUAUCUAUGCACAGUUACCUGAGAGUAAGUCCAUUUAACUUAAUGGGGCUUACAUUUGAGUAGAUAUGAUUUCCGUACACUAUUAAUAUAUUGAUUUUUAAAUUUUUGUAUUAAAAUGCAGUGCCCAUUAUUUAAGAACAUGGAUUGUUUCCUGUUUCCUAGCUAAAACAUCCUGCUCAAGUUUAUUGUUUAGUCUACAGUAAGCCUGUAAUGUUGUGUUCUGGGCAUCACACCUAAAGUCAAAAUUGUAUAUAGUCAAAACCCAUUGGGUUCAAUGGCAAGUUGGAUUGCCAACAUCAUUUUCCACAGAAUCCUAGCCCUGUUCAUAUUUUUUUUGACACACACGUAAAGCUGAAUGUGUACAAGUUAAAUGUGCUAAAGUUGCGGGCUUAUUGUAUUUGCAAACAAGAGACGAGUUUAAACUUGGACUAUAUACAGCAUUACAAGGUAGUAGCUUUGGACUCUACGCAAGGAGCUUAGUGCCAAAUUAUUUCACUUCCAGGUACCAGCACCAUAUUUCUGUUACUUUGAUAUUAUUAUUAUUUUAAAAAAAACUUUUAUUGUAAUUUUGAGCCUUUGUCAGCUGUCUUGGAAACUUAUUGAAGGGCAGCAUAUAAAUCCAUAAAACAACCUAAUAAUUUCAGUCAUAUGAGAUUACUGCUGUCAAGGACCAAGGACAAUGGCCCUUGAAUCUUCGCAUUCUCACCAAAGCUAGACUCCCCCCCUCUCUCUUUCUCUCUCUCUCUCUCUCUCUCUCUCUCUCUCUCACACACACACACACACACACACACACACACACACACAGGACAAUAAAGCUCACACAGGAAAACUUAGGUCGACAAUCAGAAAAGCAAACAAUUACCUAACUGGGCACAAGGAGUUCCAGGCAGUGCCACCUUUGGGCUUGGCAUAGUCUGAUGGUACAAAGCUGGGAAGGAUAUUUUUCAAAGUCCCCAGCAGCCCAAGAGGCACCUUAUGCUCCUCCACCUAUACUGACCUCCUGUUGUGCUAGUCCCAUUUGGAAAAACUAGGGGUGUCAUUUCCCUACCUCGGAUUUACAUCGAUUGGAGUCCACUGAGGUCCUUCUAAGAACAACAGCAGAGUUGCAAUUGGAGUAGCAUUGGAUUACAGUGCAUUCUAUUCCUCUUCUCUACAAAAUCUCAGAGCUAAUGUGGAGCAAGUCAGGAAGAUUCUCUAGGCUCUCUGUCUAUACAAUGGAUACAGUAAUUGUUUUCUCUUUCUCUUCCUCCCACUCCACAGAAGAGCUGUAAGAUAUGGCACAAGGGCACCUGCAUCUGAGUCAUCUGAACAGGGACAUCCAGACGCAGCCCAGCUCCACUUCACCUUUGGAAGGCCCGUCCCCAACCACUGUGUGUUACCGAAAUGGCAACCAGCGUCGGUUUUCAAUGGAGGACGUCAGCAAGCGCCUCUCUCUGCCCAUGGAUAUUCGCCUUCCCCCAGAGUUCCUCCAGAAACUAGAGAUGGAAAGUCCAGAGAUUUCAAAGCCUCUUAGCAGGAUGUCUCGACGGGCUUCUCUUUCAGACAUUGGGUUUGGAAAGAUGGAAACCUAUGUUAAACUGGAGAAGCUAGGGGAGGGCACCUAUGCCACUGUCUUUAAAGGGCGCAGCAAGCUCACCAAGAACCUGGUUGCCCUGAAGGAGAUCCGAUUAGAGCACGAGGAAGGGGCCCCCUGCACAGCUAUACGGGAAGUUUCCUUGCUGAAGAACCUCAAGCAUGCGAACAUUGUGACCCUCCACGAUAUCAUUCACACAAAAUGCGCCCUAACUCUUGUCUUUGAGUUUCUGGACAGUGACCUGAAGCAGUACCUGGAUAACUGUGGGAAUCUGAUGAGCAUGCACAAUGUGAAGAUCUUCAUGUUCCAGCUGCUGCGUGGUUUGUCAUACUGCCACCAGCUUAAGAUCCUACACAGAGAUCUCAAACCACAGAAUCUGCUCAUUAAUGGGAAAGGGGAACUGAAACUCGCAGAUUUUGGUCUAGCCAGAGCCAAAUCUGUCCCAACAAAAACAUAUUCCAAUGAAGUGGUCACAUUGUGGUAUCGGCCUCCUGAUGUCCUACUAGGAUCCACAGAAUACUCCACUCCCAUUGACAUGUGGGGUGUAGGUUGCAUACACUAUGAAAUGGUCACAGGACGCCCCAUGUUCCCAGGAUCGACCGUGAAAGAAGAACUGCAUUUAAUAUUCAGGACAUUGGGAACCCCUACAGAAGAAUCUUGGCCGGGCAUCACAUCCAAUGAGGAAUUCAAGGCAUAUAAUUUCACACAGUAUCGAGCCCAGCCAUUGAUAAACCAUGCACCAAGACUGGACACAGAAGGAAUCGACCUUUUGAUGAGUCUCCUCCUGUAUGAAGCCAAAAGACGCAUUUCUGCGGAAUCUGCCCUGCGGCACCCUUACUUUACGGCACUCGGUGAACAAGUGCACCUCCUUCCUGAGACUGACUCCAUCUUUUCUCUGAAAGAAAUACAACUUCAAAAGGACCCUGGCUAUCGAGGCUCAAGCUUCCAGCAUUCUGCUCGAGGAAAGAACAGGCGGCAGAGCAUCUUUUAAACCUGGUUUAACUCAUUCAUUGCAUCACUGGGGAGAUCAAAGCACUGAGAGGGGAGAGGACCACACAGAUCCCAUGGAGGCCACGCUCAGAACGAUGAAGGCCGGUAUCGACACAACCAAAGCUGCCCUGCAUUACAAAGCUGCUGCAUGACUGCUUUCCAGGAUUCCACAACUUUCAGCAGUCCCCCACCCACAACACCCCAAAAAGACCUGGUGCCUGGCCCAGCCCCCAUCCAUCACACAACAGUUGGCAUAAUCCUACUCUCUGGAUGGGGAUCAAGCAAUUAACUGCCCCCAGUAUGUUUGCUGCUGCUUUAGAGAGAAACAACAUGGAGGCAGCAAGCCAGGGCCAAGAUCUCACUGCAGAAUCAACACCUGCUUUGCUGUCAUGAUGAAUGUGCAGAAUUCCAUUCUUUGUUUCUCUCCCCCCCUCCCCAAAUCACCAGGCGACUCCUAGGACAACAUGAUGAGUAUGAUGUUAACAGCAGGAAAGCCCUUUGAUCCAGUUUUAUGCAGAGUUCUCUGGCUUUGAACUGAAAAGGAAACCUGUUUUCUUUUGAGUUGCUUCUGCUCUCUUUAUCGGGAAUGAAUCUCAAUUCCAAAUGGUACAAACAUUUAAGAGAGAGGAUGGGAGUGGGGAGGCCUUUUGCUGGAUUUUCUUUGCCCUCUCGCUCCCUGCCUCAUUCUGUUUCCCCGUGUUUGUUUUCUGAACUGAAGCUGCUAUACAAGGAAUCAUGAUUUCUUAGAUUUCUACCCAGUGUUUCUGAGAAUCUCUCUGUAGCUCGUCCUGAGAAUCAUUCAUCAGAAACCUAAAUAAAUAGGUGCACUUUCGCUACAAAAGAGAUCCAGGAUCCCAAUAAUCCAGGAAUUGCAGAAAGAGCUGAGUCCCUAUAAAAUGUGUCACUGUAAAAUGUGAAAGAACUCAAGCCAUCUUUCCAUUUGCUAUUCCAGGUUUCUUUUGUGGAUUCUGCCUUUGUGACCAGGGUUCAAAGAUGUUCUAUCCCUUUACUUUUUUGCCCAUAUCACCAGGGAAAGAAACCUAAUUUAAUAACCAGUAAAUGUUUUCUAAGACCCUGGACACACAUGCACACAAACUCAAAUUCAUGCAUGUUUACUCAGAAGUAUAUCCUAUUACAGUAUAUUAGUAGGGCUUCCUUCCAGGUAAGUGUGCAAAGGCCUGCAGCCAUAUGAACCCAGUGAAAUCUAUAGGACCUAAGUGUGGUCUUAGGUUCCAGAGCAGGCAGCUUGUUUUUGCUGCUUCAGGCAAGUCAAACAAGGCUCUUUGGGGAACAUGUCUCCAAAAGGGCAGGUCAGUUCUGGCAAUGUCUUGAUUGUGAGCGUUAAAAAACAGAAUCUGAACUUCUGUCACUUUUCCUUUAUUGGUCUAUUUUUAUUCAAACCGUCAGCUAGCCACCAGCGGGGUGUGUGUGUAGACAGAAAUGUCAUGAGAAAAUAGCACAUCCUUAUAAUCAGAUAUGGUUUCUUGCCUGCCUGUUCUGAGGUCUUAUCCUGAUUAUAAGAUUCAAUCGGUUCAGCCUCAUGAGAGAAAUAACCCCUCAGGGUUGCCAGUCAUUAAAGGGAGAGAUUUGAUGGAGUGAUAUUUCUGAAUACUGGCAGAACCACACAGGCAUCGGUAUGGUGCAGUAAACCAAGCACACAGCCGGACUUACCAAGAAGCAGGUUCCAUAAGGAGCACCAGGUGAACUGCCUCCUCUCUUUAUCUCUCUGUGAUUUUUCUUUUAUCAAAUAAACUCCUGGCCAGGCAGGGUUUAGGAGAGAGAGAUGGUGGCAUUGCUGCCCUUUAAGUUGAAAACUUAGGUAAAUAAGCUAGCAUUGUAGUUCCCCUUCUUGAGGCGAGGUGUUUGGGACCAGGACCUGCAAAUAUUGCAUGUAUUUCUAUCCAAGGCAAAGAAUUGGGUGUCUAAUACAAAUCAAUAUGUGAAAUUCAGCCUCUUCCCGCCUGCUGCUUUUUACCCAGCAAUGCUGCAGGGACAGUGGAAUCUACAACUGACAGAAUUCCCCUUCUCUGCAACUCUUAAGGGCAUGACUGGGUCUGGACUCAAGAUAGAGCGAUCCUAUGACCUCUUGAGCCCUUCAGACUUCCCUUGCCUGUCCACGCCUUCCUGAUAAUAAUGCACAACCCUUCCUACUGUGCUCUGUGUGAUGUUUUACCCCAGACUUUCUUUUCUCAUCCUAUCUUCAUGCUGUGUCACCUGCAGCUCUUGUUUCCUCAAGCCACUGCUUUUCAACCCACUUCCUGCUUUCAUCCAUUUGCUUUAACCAUCCUUUCUCUUGGCCUGCCUGUGCAGCAUUCCUCAUAACAUAGCUCCCUGAUUGUGGCCACCUUGGGAUUCAUUCAAAAUCCCUCUUGCAAGAAGCUGCUUGGUUUCUUGUGUCUUUUCCUCAGGCCUCCUUAAGCCCUUCAAGUUCCUGCUUCUUAGUUCACAGGCUACUUUGCACCCUUCCUUUAGCCACCUUCCUUGCCUCUGGAUCCUCUGUUGUUUAAGAUUUCCUACCUCCUGGGGCUUUACCCCACAAAGUUGUUCCUAUCUCUAUAGCUUCCAUGCAGCCAUAAUCUUCAGCCAAACUGCCAUCUUUCCCUUCCCUCACAGAAGUUGGACAGAAAAUAUUCUGACCACUUAGGUUUCCUGAACCUGCAGAUAAACACAUUUUACAUUGACACACCAUUUCAGCCAAACUGUUUGGAACAAAUAGGGCCUCUCAAAAUAAGGUGGUCCCUUCAUAUUCAGAGGAUGCUUACAUGUGCCAAAGUAUUUUCAUCUGUAGAUUAAGAGGUAAAUAAAUGUUUAGAAGAAGUUUGACAGCCUGUCAAGGAGCUAUGCACAUGGACCUCCAAGAUCUAUGGGCUGCAGAGGGUAGUUGAGCCAGGUAAUGUUGAGUUGGUCAGUUGGAGUGGGGGAAGAAAAAUGGGCAGGAGAAUUUGCCUGCUUGAGUUUCUUAAGAAUAUUAUUGGGGUGGGGGGAGGCUAGGGUUAACUGAAUGUAUCCCAUAAGUUUUUUUUUAAAAAAAAACCGCUCUUCAACAUGCUGUAUUCUUCUUUCUCACUUUCUCUCACUCAGAUUCAGGGCUGGCAGCCAGCCUCAAAACUCCAUCCUUAAAGCUCUGACUUUAAAGUUUUCAGGAGGGUGACACCUUCUCUGCCACUACAGUACUAUAGUGGUCCUGUUCCAACCUAGAAUGGGCCCUUUUCCCACCACGAUGUUUUGUUACAGGUGCCUUGUAGAUUUUGCAAGAGUAAACUGUAACUGGAGGCAGGGAAUGAUGUGCAUUUCAGCCUGCAGAAUGUGCUCUUGGAAAUGCAGAUUUCCAUUUUUGAGUCGGGUCCUGCUGUUGCUUCCACAUCCUGUGAGGCCCACUCAUUUUGGUGGUGCUUCUUUAUUAGUACCUCAGAGGUCGGAUUAUAUAUCAGGCCUUACGACUGCAUAUACAUUUACAAUUCAGAACUCUUUACAUGCUUCUGUUUCUAAGUCUCAGCCUUCAGUCUUGUACUUGCUUACGUGAGAGUAAGCCUCAUUGAACUCAGUGGGAUUCAUUUCUGAAUAGACAUGUGUAGGAUUGCCCUAUUAGUGUGGUGCAGGAAAAAGCAAAGCACUUCUCUAAUCAAUAGAAAUAAAUAACCAAGCACAGCUCACCAGCUUUUCUCUUCACCAUAUGCAAAUGAAGCAAAGUUUGAAUGUUUUUAUGAAGUCGGGUUAUUAGACUAAUAACUAUUAAGCAUAUGUCCCAAUAAAAACUCUGUUGAGCUGAGCUCAUAAUGGUAUUGUUUACCUCAUUCCAUGCUCAGAUUGGGUGCUUCAAAUAAUUGACUGCAUGCGAAUGCUUAAUAGUUACUUAGUAUUGACUGAACUUUGCUGGCUAUAGUGGCUCAAUUGACAGUCCUAUUUAUGAGUUAACAGCUCAACUGCCAGUUUGAUCCUCAGAUGAAAUUGCUCCCACAAGACACCGACUAAGCAAAGCAUUUAAUCGUAUGCUAAUGCUCAGCACCUAGGUUGCCUUAUGGAGAUCAGUACGCUAAGAAUUAGGCUUGUGCCUAAGAACCUUGGUAGCUUGCUGUAAUAAAUCUCUUCCAAUGUAAUACGGUAGGAUAAUAAUCCAUAUUUCUGCUUUAAAAUAAUGGGUUGGGGGCAUAUGUCCCUUUCCAUAAAACUUACAAAUAGAUUCAUACACCAAAAGCUGCCUUUGGUUUUUCUCUUGCCCUUACAUACUAAAGCUUGAUUCCUGUAAUUCACUUGCACGGCAAUCCUCAGCAGCCUUAUAAUGAAGUCCCAAUGAGUUCAGUUUUGCUUCAUCCCUAUUGGGUUUGUGUUUAGGAUUGCACCAUAUGAACAGAUCUUUUGGCACAGUGUCCUCAAUUUAAAUGCCCACAGAACCUCAGCAGAACUUGUGCCUAGAACUUAAUGCAAUCUCAUUGCAGCUGAUGCAAUGAUGCAUGUAACCUCCUCCUACAAAAUGUGACCUGCUAUAACUCUGUCUGCAAAGUCCUUGAACAGCAGGGAAAGGUUAUCCUGGCAUUUAUAUGCAAUGAUGCAAAGAGCUCCUGCUGAACUCCCUCUUGCCAGUCCGCUGUUAAAGACCUAGGAGUUUUGCUGGGGGGUGGGGGCCCACUGGCAAUCCUACACAAAACUUGAAGGUACUGUAUGUAGUUUUUCUGCAAGAGUGCAAACGUGUGUCACGAUUCAGCAGAGGGAGUAAUGCACAACUCUCUUUUGUUUCUACUGACCAAAAAAGAGAGAAAAGAAACAAAACAAUAUACUUUAAAACAUGUAGAAGUUAAAAUCACAUGCUUUAAAAGUUCAAUAUUCACAGCUAACAAAGAAUCCAUUUAAACUACAUGGUGAUUCAUAGCUACAGAGAUUACAUCUUAUUCAGAAUGUUCUUCUUCAAUCAACAAUAAAUAAAAGAUCUCUAUCUUUAAGCAUCCUAGAUGUUGGUGCUGACCUUUAAAGCCCUAAACAGCCUUGGCCCAGUGUACCUAAAGGAGCAUCUCCACCCGCAUCAUUCAACCUGGACACUGAGGUGCAGUGCCAAGGGCCUUCUGGUGGUUCCCUCACUGUGAGAAGCAAAGUUGCAGGGAACCAGGCAGAGGGCCUUCUCGGUAGUGGUGCCUACCCUGUGGAACGCCCUCCCAUCAGAUGUCAAAGAGAAAAACAACUAUUUGACGUUUAGAAGACAUCUGAAGGCAGCCCUGUUUAGGGAAGUUUUUAAUUACUGAAGUUUUAAUGUAUUUUUAAUCUUUUCUUGGGAGCCGCCCAGAUGGGCAGAAUAUAAAUAGUAAAUAUUAUUAUUAUUAUUAUUAAUAAUAAUAAUAAUAAUAAUAAUUUUGCUUCAGCCUCACUGCCUGCAAUUCUUGCAUGGCCAAAACUUUGAGUGACUGUGGAUUUGGGGCAGCCGGUCCAAUUAAUUUACACCUCCCUGGCUGUAAAAAUACAACAAAAGGUAAAUUUAAAAACCAAACUAUUUCCUGCUCUUUCAUGACAUCCCAAAUCUGCUACCUGAGGUAGCUGCCUCAGUCUGCCCAACACCAGCAUUGGCCUCAGGAGAACUGGACAAUGGUGGCUAACAAGUGAUUUAAUAUAGCAGCAGGUUCUGUUUGAUUGAAGACCUGUAAAGGCAAGGAGGAGCAUGUGCCCAAAUUGUGUAGCAUGGAAUGUGGUCGUUCUGUAACUCCACUGAGUACA